UUUUUGUUAACAGAAGUACAAGCUACGCAUGAUUUUGAGGUUUUAGUAAAACUUACACCCUUGGAACUGAUAGCCAACACACUUUACAACCCUCACACAGGGAUUUCGUCUGCAUUCCUCUUGUCUCCUUCGGUACCACAAGUGCUGGCUACACAAUUAUGACCGUCGCCCAAAAGCUUCAGGCUUUUUGGAACCACCCGGCGGGCCCAAAGACGAUCCACUUCUGGGCCCCUACCUUCAAAUGGGGUAUCUCUCUGGCGAACAUUGCCGACAUCAACCGCCCUGCUGAAAAAAUCAGCUUGCCACAACAGUGCGCCAUUACGGCCACCGGCGUGAUCUGGUCACGGUACAGCACCCAGAUCACGCCAGUCAAUUAUAACCUACUCGCCGUCAACGCUUUCAUGGCUCUCACGGGCGCCUACCAGCUGUUCCGAAAGAUCAGCUACGACAUGGCGCAACCCGCUGCUACCGCCUGAGCAAACGUCCCGGGCGUCAAGCAAUCACCAGCCUGACGCCUGAGCCGCGAACUGCCUGCUAACAACACCUCGGUUGGUGUAGCAGCAGCACCCUAUAUCUGUAUGGCUCUUACGGACAGGAGCUGGACAAUUUUUAAAACGAGCCCCAUCUUCCGGCAUCUGGCGCGCAGUGGGGACUGAUCUACACAUCUUGAACACUUGGGGACUUCCCCCCAGAUGGAGCAUUGAGGCCCGGAAGGGCAAAGAGGUUGUGAGGGCCUGCAGGCAAUCCGAGCCUGUCGUUCCCGGUGUGCGGUUGUUGUGCAGUGCCACUCUCCCCCUUUCUUCUCCCCCUUCUGCUACAAAUCACUCGGCGCCCCCUUAGAAACUCUCGUCCACAGAUUCCACCUCCCCUCUGUUCAAACUGCUAUGUUUUCUCCCUCCGUGCUUGUCACUGCUCCUGGCCUGGACUGGACUGCUCCAGGGAUGUCAGCCCUGAUGAGAGGGGUAGGGGAGCCUGGGGGAUAACAAAGGUGAUGGGGGCAUGGAGGAGUCCAUCGCCGUAAGAGUUCAUGUUCCAUAUGUAGCUAUCAUCCAGCAGCAUCAUCAUCAUGUUGGGCGUCGUUUGUAAAAUGCACAUGGACAAUGAGGGGAGCUCUGCACCGCAGGUCCCAAAUGAUACGGAGUGUAGGAGGGGGGGGAGGAGGAGGAGAAUGACUGUCCUUCAGCCAGCUGAUCACGUGAGGAGGUGAUGUGAUGUGAUGCGAUGUUAGUAGGUGUGUAGGUAGCAGGAAAGUGGCUACAUGGUGGUUUCCAGCCCACCAAUAGUGAUGUGGCCUGGAGAUCAGUCUCGGAUUGCGGCGCUGUUUGCUUUUUGGUUCUCGCGCUGUAUCGGAUGCGAGUGGUCGUCAAUCGCGGCGUCGGCCACCUCUAUCCAAUGCUGUUGCGGUGGCGGUUUUGAUGGUGGUGGUGGAACUGGAUAUACUGUGAGCUGUUGGGGGGCUCCGGAUGCCCGUGGGAAGGUGUAUAGGUUCUGGGAAACGGAGAGGUGUCGUCGUCGGGGGGGGAUACACCGCCCUGACAUAUGUGUGGGGUCGGGUUGAUCUCGGUCCACACACUCCCUCUGGUCUAUGUGCUUCCCGCCGCUGCUCGUGCUUCCUGUUCUUCAUGGUGGCAUGGUGGCAGAGAAGAGAAAACACUGCCCUGAAGUAUUUUAAGUGUUGUGUCCGUGUGUCCACAUCUUUUUUGUGUUUGUUUGUUUGUGCAUACGCAUGCGUGUCCAAGUGAUAGACUCGCGUGCUGGUUUUCCGCAUCUCAGCAGAGCGUGAAAACUGCUAGCUUUGG